AUGGCAUCCCCGUUAGUAGGCUCCCCGCUAGUAGGCUCCCCGUUACCAGGCUCCCCAAUGCUGCCCCAAAUGGGCUCCCGAACCGGAUUUAUGACUCCCGGGGCUAUGACGCCUGGUGGGGGGAGCGUGGUGGCUAGCCCCGGUACCUUGGCUGCGCAGGAGGAUCGGGACCAAGCCAAACUGGCCGAAAUCCAGAGCAUGUUUGCCAAUUGGAAUCACGGAACGCCGAUCCCGUCCCCCAGGGCUGGAGCCUCGGCUCGGGCCGAAGCUGGCUUCCCGCUUCGGACGCCCCAGCCUAGCGACUACUACCGGAUCGGGGGAGGGGAGACGGAGGGGGGAGAGGGGAUGGGAGAGGAGGAAGCUGCUGAGGAGCAAGGGCCGACUCGUGCGAAUGUGUUGGGGAAGCCUUAUGAGGAUAUCAGAAAGAAGUAUAAACUAGCUGAGAAGGAGCUAGGGCGGGGGAACUUUGGAGUGAUUCAUGUGGGGGAGAACUUGCAGACUGGAGAGCAGUUUGCAUGCAAGAGCAUCACCAAGGCCAAGUUUGAGUGUUGGGACGAUGUGGAGGACGUGCGGAGGGAGGUUAGCGUGCUCGAGGCGCUAAGGGGCCAUCCCUUUGUGGUGUCGAUUGUUGAGACGAUGGAAGAUGAGGAGGAGGUGCACAUAGUGAUGGAGCUGUGUGCGGGAGGCGAGCUCUUCGAUCGCAUUCUCGAUCGCAAGUACUACGGGGAGAGGCAGGCCGCGCGGGUCAUUCGCUCCGUGGUGGAGGUUCUGGCCUUCUGCCAGGCGCGGGGGAUCGUGCACCGCGACUUAAAGCCCGAGAACAUUCUGCUCGUGUCGAAGCGGAGCGACACAAGGGUCAAAGUGAUUGAUUUCGGCAUGGCGAGCAUCCUGAAACCGGGCGAGAGGUGCAAGCUGCGUGCAGGAACGCCAAACUACAUUGCUCCCGAGGUGAUAGCCAAGAACUACGGCGCGGAGGCGGACGUGUGGAGCGCGGGGGUGAUCCUGUACGUGCUGCUGUGCGGGCUGCCGCCCUUCUGGGGGGACACCACAGAGGACGUCUUCAAGAGCAUCCUGUGGCAGGAGCUCGACUUCGAGACGGACCCCUGGCCGGUCGUUAGUACCGCUGCCAAGGACUUGGUCAGGCGCAUGCUGUGCCGGAAAUACGAGCGAAGGAUUACAGUGGCCGAGAUUCUAAAGCACCCAUGGAUUAAGGCGCUAACUUAA